AGCAACUGGUGACAGGAGCGAGAGGCCUUGAGACACCUCACGGAAAAAACCGGGCCCGAGCAGCACGCGGAACCUUUCUGCAUUGGUAUAAUGCCGGCCGGGAAAAUUUCGCUGUAGUACGCGGAGCUCUAAGGCGAUUUGCCACGUCUGAGAAUAGCCGGGAGACCAGCUCGUGCAACUGGGGUCGGUGCCGCCGAGAACAAUCUGUGGUCGCCAUGGUGUCUGUGAUUAAUACAGUGGAUACCUCCCAUGAGGACAUGAUACAUGAUGCGCAGAUGGAUUAUUACGGCACUCGGUUGGCAACCUGCUCCUCGGACAGAUCAGUGAAAAUAUUUGAUGUCAGGAAUGGAGGGCAAAUUCUGAUAGCUGACUUAAGAGGGCAUGAAGGGCCAGUGUGGCAGGUUGCCUGGGCUCAUCCCAUGUAUGGAAACAUCCUGGCCUCCUGUUCCUAUGACCGGAAGGUUAUCAUCUGGAAGGAAGAAAAUGGUACCUGGGAAAAGACAUAUGAAUACACAGGGCAUGAUUCUUCAGUCAAUUCUGUGUGUUGGGCACCACAAGACUACGGAUUGAUCCUGGCUUGUGGAAGCUCGGAUGGGGCCAUCUCUCUGUUGAACUACACUGGUGAUGGACAGUGGGAAGUGAAAAAAAUUGGCAAUGCACACACAAUUGGUUGCAAUGCUGUUAGCUGGGCCCCCGCAGUUGUACCAGGAAGCCUUCUAGAGCAACCAUCAGGCCAGAAGCCAAACUACAUCAAACGCUUUGCAUCAGGAGGCUGUGACAACCUUAUCAAGAUUUGGAAAGAAGAGGAUGGCCAGUGGAAAGAAGAACAAAAACUAGAAGCUCACAGUGACUGGGUCAGAGAUGUCGCCUGGGCCCCCUCCAUAGGCUUGCCAACAAGCACUAUUGCCAGCUGCUCCCAGGAUGGCAGAGUGUUUAUCUGGAUGUGUGACGAUGCCUCUGGAAACUCAUGGUCACCCAAAUUGCUGCAUAAGUUCAAUGAUGUCGUUUGGCAUGUUAGCUGGUCGAUCACUGCAAAUAUCCUAGCAGUGUCAGGAGGAGACAACAAAGUAACAUUGUGGAAGGAAUCUGUAGAUGGACAGUGGGCAUGCAUCAGCGAUGUUAACAAGGGCCAAGGAGCAGUAUCUGCUAUUACAGAGGGACAACAGAAUGAACAGUGACAAGCUGGUUAACAACACCCUGGAAUUAUCCAUACAAGAAAAUAAACAUGAUUUUUACUACUUUUCUUAUUAAAGCAGUUGAGUAAACCUGGAAUAAUAAUAAAAAUGUAUGUUAUGUUGAACAUUCUGUAGCUCUUUUUGGUAAAAUUAUAUGCCUUGGUAUUCAUCCUUAGCCUUGACAUUUUGUAAAAUUAAAGGCAAAUGGCACCAAAAGCAAUGCUUGGUGUAUCAUUCCUUUGAGUGAGAAUAUUUUCAUUUUAAUUCAGUGUCUUUAACUCCUCCAGGUUCAGAGAAGUUAAAAUCCUGUGGCUCGAUACUUCUUCAGAAUGAUUUGCUUUUCUUUAUACAGUGUCUGACAUUUAAAGCCUAGUCACAUUUUUCCAUUCAGCAAAAAAGGAAACCACUACAUUCUAAUAUUUAAUAGAAAAUAAUGUGAGACUAAGAAGGUGAGAUGGAGGCUGUCCAUAAAGGAGGCUACCUUUUGUCUUGAGCUUCCUUUUAUGUGCAUGGUUGAAAAUAUAAAUGCAAAAUCAGACCUCCAAAGUUAAUAAACUUGUUAA